GUUGUUCCAGAGCUGCGUGAGUGGUGUGAAGAGAAGUCAAUCAAUUUGAUUGAAUGUGACCUCAGAUGGGGUGUCCCAAAAGACUCCACAACAGAAACAACUAUCAGAACUUGUUUGGGUGAAAUUAAUCGCUGUGCAGCAGAGGCAGAUGGGGAACCAUUUUUCUUAAACAUGCUGGGAGAGCGAUAUGGAUGGAUUCCAGAUUCAUCAGAAAUAUCAGAAGAAAUUCAAGAGGAGUACCAGUGGAUUUUUCCAACAUCAAUAACACACAUGGAAAUCAUUCAUGCUGCAUACAAGAUGCAAAAUAAAAACGCACUAUUUCUUUUGAGAGAUUCUGAGUUUUUAGCAGAUCUGCCCCCACAGAUGAUGAAAGCAUUUGUGGAUGAUCAUCCUCUGAAUAAGGCACAUUUAAAGGCAUUGAAGGAAAAUCUGAGACAAAGAUAUCCUGGACAAGUAUUUGAUUAUUCUUGUCAAUAUGGUGGGAUUGAUGAAUCAACAGGAAGGUCAAAGGUCAAACUCAAAGGGUUAGAGGUUUUCUGUCAAAUUGUGCUCGAAUUUUUCAAGUCAGCUAUCAACAGAUUAAUUCCGACCGUAAACCAGACAUUGUCAGUGGAAGAAAUUGAGCUCUCAAUGCAUAAUCAGUUCAUUGAAUUGAGAGGCCAACUUGUACUUGGUCGUGGGGAAGAGAUUACUACUGUAAUGAACUAUGUUCAACAUGGAACCAUAUCUGAUGGGUCUGGCUCAGGACUUCUUCCUCCUCUAAUAGUUCUGGGGUCUUCAGGCUCUGGGAAGUCAGCACUCAUGGCUUAUUGUACGCUGGAGAUACAAAAUCUUGGACUCCCGUUGUUCUUUCACUUUGUUGGGGCAUGUCCUGGAUCAACGGUACCUUUAAAACUCCUGGAAAAGCUUGUACGAUGGUUUAAUAAAGGUUUUAGUGUGGAAGACAUGAGUGUGAAACAACUUCAACAAGAGAUCAAGGAAGGCGUAGAAGAGCUUGGUAAACGGGAAGAGGUGUUUGUGAUAAUGAUCGAUGCAGUCAACCAGCUAGCAGAUGUUGAAUCCCAAGAACAUAUGGACUGGCUUCCAAGCUCUUUCCCGCACAAUGUUCGUUGCGUAAUCAGUGCAGUGACUGACAGUCGUUCUGUUAUCCUCCUGUCCGACGAGCGCCGCGCACCUAGUCCAGUACCCCUUCAUCUACCAGACCUUGAUACGUCUGUCCGACAAAAGAUAGUGGAACGUAAAUUGGGCGAGUACAAAAAGAAACUGGAUGCGGAGCAGAUGAAACUGCUGAUCGAUUCUCCAGGGGCGUCAAACCCUCUUUGGCUAUCACUGUCUUGUGAGGAACUUAGAGUAUUUGGAGUUUUUGAGACCAUCACUCGCCACAUCGUAAAUUUGCCGUCUACGUUGAAAGAACUUCUGAAGUUUAUAAUGAACAGGCUCACAGCAGAGGACGAAGACGACAACAUUCAAAAGGUUUUGGGACUAUUGGCUUGCAGCAGAGGUGGUUUGGGUGAAACAGAGCUCCAAUACCUCCUGAGUGAUGACCUUUCCAAAGCUGUGGCCAUGAUGGUCUGGGCACAAGUGCGUCGAACACUGAAACCUUUUCUUAGAAACGUUGCUGGCAGAAGAGAAGAGGAAAGACUUGAUUUCUUCCACGCUUCAAUACAAGAGGUUGUCCUGGAAACUAUUCUCCAGGAUUCUGAGGAAAAGAAAAAAUUCCAUUUGAAACUUGCUGAUUACUUUGAACUUCACUGUAAAGAUAAAGACCGAGUGAUCUUCAUGGCACCAGAACAGCUUAAAUUGGCUGGGAAAAGGAAAAGGCUGCUGGAAUUUCUGAGGAACGAGAAGCGCUUUGGAACACCAGGACAAUGGAAAGACCGCUACUAUGAG